UCGGUGGCCUCACGGUUCGGUCACGAAUGUAGUUCCGACAACAUCGGUCUUCAGUUUGGGCGGUCUUAGGGUCCUUCAGGAGGCAACACAAUACGAACGAAGAGCGAAGGGAAUCCUUUUGUCAUCUUAAAUAUAUGUUUGGGAGUGUUUCGGUCACAAACCUCAGGGAAAAGAAGGCGAAAGAGAGAUUGUUUUGUCAUUUAAAGGAGAAGUUUGGGCCGUUCGCGCGAACCAUCAUAUCGAUCUCUGUGUUUACAUUUUUAGGGUUUUUCAGUGAAGCGCUCUCUUUCUUUUAUCUUGUUCACGGAAACUAGGGUUUGUUCUCGACGUUUUGCACCUUCUCUGCAAAAUCCUUUUGGUAAAAAGAUCUCCUGUAAGUAUGACGACUAUUGUUGAGACUUCAGAGGAGGAUUCAGCUUUCGUCGUGGUUCGAUUUACUGCAGAGAUGGCUUGGCAAGAUGCAGGACCAGAGCUCGCGGAGAGUCAGGUGGCUAGCUUACUUUUUGAGGCCCAAGAACAUAUGGUGACUGGUCGAUGGUUAGAUUUGGCAUCUCAAAUGCUCACAUUAGCUGAACUCAUUUUUUCCCGAGUAGCUGAAAAAGAUUUAGAUUGCAUCUAUACUGUUAUUUGCAACCUUGUCACAAAAGCCAGAAGUCCCGAUGAAGCCGGAGAGAUAGCACAAAGGAUAUAUCAGAAAGUCACUGAACAACCAAAUGAAAAGCCUGCUUUGCGCUUAAAGAUACUGUUCAAUCUAUACAACCUUCUAGAGCAGCCCUUCAGCCGUUUCGAGGUCUACCAGGAAGCGCUUAAGCUGGCAGUUGCUGGAAAAGUUACAGAGAGCAUCAUACCUUCUUUCAAAAAGAUGGACAACCUCUUGAGAGAGUGGAAUAUUGGAGUCGUGGAUCAAAGAAAACUUUUCCUCACCAUCUCGAACAUUCUGAAGGAGAACAAGAGCUCAGCAAAGGAUUCAUUCUCCUUUUUAACCAAGUAUUUAGCAACCUUUUCUGGUGAAGAUGCACAUACCCUUGGUGAAGCGAAAGAGGAAGCUGAACGGGCAAUUAAAGAGUUUGUUAAGGCACCUGACAUGUUUCAGUGUGAUCUAUUGGAUAUGCCAGCUGUUGCUCAGUUGGAGAAGGAUGGGAAAUAUGCACUGGUAUAUCAGCUGUUGAAGAUAUUUGUCACACAAAGGCUGGAUGCCUACUUGGACUUCCAUGCUGCAAAUUCUGCUUUGCUUAAAAGCUGGGGUCUUGUCCAUGAAGACUGUAUAACAAAGAUGCGGUUGAUGUCUCUGGUGGAUCUGGGUUCGAAUGGUUUUGGUGAGAUCCCUUAUACUCUUGUCAAGGACACCUUAAGGGUGAAUGAUGGGGAAGUGGAGUACUGGGUAGUUCGGGCAAUAAGUGCAAAGCUACUCGACUGCAAAAUGGACCAGAUGAACCAAAUUGUAAUAGUCAGCCGUUGUACUGAACGCACAUUCGGAUUGCAGCAGUGGGAAGGCCUUCGUUAUAAACUUGGCCUUUGGAGGGAAAAUGUUGCAAAUGUUGUGAGGACUAUUCAAGCUGCGAGGGCAUCAGGCGAAGUAGUUCCUCACGCUCUACAAGGUGUUGAUCGUUAGGCAUUUUUUGCCAAUGUACCCUUUUAACACAGGUUUUUGACCUUUUGGAGAGUAAAAUUUUAAUCAAUUUUGCCAAUGGAUGUAGAGGUUUUGAUGUGAGGGAAUUUGGUGAACUAAAUUUGAUACGUGAGGAGUGCGCUUUGGCAUUUGUUUUUGCUGCCUGUGUUCAUUGUACACAUAUUGGGUGAUCAAAUCUAUCUCCUUCAUGACUGGUUUACAUG